AUGCUAAAAUCCCUAAAACGGGCACAAUCUUAGUCUUACUUGAUUUUUAGAAACAGUCCUUUUGUAGAAAUCCAUUGUUCCCUUUCCACAUCAUUAUUGAUUUUCAUUUCAAGAAUUUUCAUUCAACGACUUAUUUUCCCCCCACAAACAUUAGAUUCAGCAUUUAGGGGAUUUUUUAGAUAUCAUUUUCCCACUUUUCUCUAAUAUAAGAAUUCUUUUCGUGGCUUUUAUUAGAAAAUUUGGGGGGGGGGGGGGUAAUGAUUAUUAAAUGAAUAAAUAAGAUCUUUGAAAUUUGAAAAAAAUACACACCAUGAGGAAGGCUUGGAAUGUAAUACAAGAACAUUUACAUCACUGGGAUAUUGACUUAAGUAUCCAAAUGUUCUGAAUUCAAAUUAUAUCAGGUGGGGAGCAGGGAUGAUGUCCAGAAAAUAACUUACUUCAAGGAGAAUUCAGAAAACGAGAUACUGGGAGAUCACAAGGUUCAAGUGGUGAGGACGGAAAAUGGAGAUAUCUUAAUAGUUACCUGCGAUGAUACAGCACCGGAAAGUAUGGAGUUGGAAUUACAGGAUCAACAUCUCUUAGCACAGGAACAUAAACCUAUUCAUCAAGAAGUUUAUCAUGUUCAUGAAGAUCAGUCUCGUCACCAGGGUCCAGGCAAACCUCAGGAGAAGGGAGGAGAGGCUAUCCAUGAUAGAAUCAGGGAACUACAGAAAAGGGAAUGCGUACUUUGUCAGAAAUCAGCCAUUAGUCACAAAUCAAAGGAUGAGAAGAGUAAGGGUUUCUAUACUUGCUGUAAAGAUGAAUGCUCUGAAUCUGGUCUAAAAACUAUCAGAUCUUUUCACCAACAUGUUCACGUUCAUAAAGGAUUAACACAAACUGAAUCAUUAAAUGGUGUAAAAUAUGAACCUGCAGAUAAACCCUGUCCUCUUUGCUUUAAACCAAGAAUAGAACAUAAGAAUAGAGAACUCAGUGAAGAGGAUAAAGGAAAUCAUAAAGGGAACCUAUAUAAAUGUUGUCAGUGCGCUGCGGCUCGACUAUCUGCCAAGAAAUUCUUCACACACAUGGAAAACCACGUGGCAAAAAAACACGUGUGUACAGUCUGUACGAAGGGAUACAGCUACAAACAUUUAUUGGAUGAGCAUCAUUGGAAGAUGCAUGGAGAUGGACAAUAUCUUUGGUUGACCUGCCCGUAUGAGAACUGUGAUUACAAGGCUAGAUAUAAACAGACUCUGCACACUCAUGUAACAGAACAUCAUCAGGGCAUUAAGAGGAAACAUCAAGAUGGGAAUACGAAGGUAACCUGUCCCAACUGUAAUAAAGUUUUAAUGAAAUGGUAUUACCGUCAACAUCACAGCAAAACCUGUUCACAAACAAACAAUAUACUUAAGUGUGAUAUAUGUAAGAAGGAAGGUUUUAUCAACAACACAACAUUACAAAACCACGUGAGAUUGAAGCACUCUUCUGACCGGCCUUUUGCCUGCGAGUACUGCUCUUUAAAGUACGCUACGGCCAUGUCACUCUCAAGUCAUAGAGCGCGAAAGCAUGGAGUAAAUGCACGUGGUGAAGAGAUUCCGCGGAAAAUGUACUCUUGUGCUCAGUGCAACAAACUUCUUACAAGCAGUAUUAAGUUGAAAACACACAUAGAGGUAAUCCACGAGGGGCGGAGAGAUUUCGCCUGCAAAUACUGUGGGAAACGUUUUACAUCAAAAUCAAAUCUCCAGAUUCAUGAAGGUUCCCAGCAUACGGGUAUUCUACCAUACAACUGUCAAUCAUGUGAAAAGUCAUUUGCACGUAAACAGCAGCUGAAAAUACACAGGGCGCAGGCGCACAACGAUAUAGCCAGCCGUGAACCUAUCGGUCAGCUGACGGACAGAUCAGCUGUUGAUCAGCUGACAGAUAGAACAGCCGAUGACCAGCUGGUGGAACCAGAAUCAGCUGAUCAUCAGAUUAUCAGUGAACAGUUCGACCAAGACGGACAUUUUUAUGUAGUUGAUGAUAUUGAUGCGGUUCAUGGAGUUCAGGUUGGAGAUGUAAUAAUUCCGAUGGAACUGGUAGAGGAGGGAGAAUGUGUGGAGAUGCACGUUUAAUUAAAUUUU